GUCUUCCAGCCUGAGCUGCCACAGCAUUGCACACCGACAAACGACUUUCUAUACCGCUUCUCGAGUACGUUUCAUACUUGUGUGCCGACAAACCUAGCUUUCAUAUCGACUCUGCUGGGCACGCUUUCCAUCGUAUCAUGGCUGUUCGCACAGAUGCCACAAAUAUACAAGAACUACACUAUCAAGAGCACGUCUGGUCUGUCCAUCUUCUUCCUGGUCGAGUGGUGUGCGGGAGAUGUCAGCAAUCUCCUCGGAGCCGUCUUCACAGAACAGGCAACAUGGCAGAUGAUAGUAGCAGGUUAUUACUGUCUCGUAGACUUCUUGCUUGUCGCUCAGUGGAUCUGGUACGAGCGCCUACGACACGGAUACAGAAUUCGCCAAAUGUGGCCAGACAGCGACGGCAGCGAUCAUCCUGGUCGAAGUCAAGAGAUGGUCAUCGAGGGCAUGCCAGCGAUGAGUCGCGAGAACACGUUCGAGAAUAUCGACGACGCCAACGAGAAGUACGGAUCAUCCAGGAGUCCACGUGCCAUCAACCGUGUCCAGGCUUCGUCUUCUUUUCCAUCGCCAUCUCCUCGCACUGUGCUGUUGUUGGCCUGCUUGAUCUCUCUUGCCCAAGCAUCACCACUGAAACCCAACAGCCACCAUCCUCACCACCACGAACCUGUUAGCAAGAUCUCGAGCCUGGCAGCAGCUGGUACUGUUCUUUCCUGGUUGUCGACACUGCUAUAUCUGGGUAGCCGGUUGCCACAACUUUACAAGAACUGGGCCAGGAAAUCGACAGCAGGCCUCAGUGCUCACCUCUUCAUCGCCGCUUUCUUUGGUAAUCUCUUCUACAGUACUAGCAUGCUGACAAACCCCAAUCUUUGGGCGGAUGCACCUGCUCACGGCUUGCAUGGUUGGGUCGAAGACACACCCAAUGUGCGUCAUGACUGGCUCAUGCGUGCUUUACCAUUCUGGCUCGGUGCAGCCGGUGUGCUUAUAAUGGAUGCCGCUGUUGGUGUGCAGUUCCUCAUGUACGGCGAGAGUGAAGACUCGAAGGUGGUCGUGCUAGAAGAAUCUGGCCGUGAGGACUGGCGCUGGCGUAGAGUCAGUGGCUGGAUGCGCGGCUGGGUACCU